AUGACUUCUGGUUAUGCGCAUGUAAUGGACAGAACGAUCACUGCAAACCUGGAACAUUUACAGGCCAAGAAGAACUUUUCUGUGAGUCACUUGUUGGAUCUGGAGGAAGCGCGGGAGAUGGUGGGAGCUCAGGGGGAGGAAAGCGGCGCGGACCCGGGGACCAACAGCCUCGAGUCCCCGGGACUCACCAGCGGCAGCGACACCGCGCAGCAGGACAAUGAGCAGCUGAACUCAGAGGAGAAGAAGAAGAGGAAGCAGCGCAGGAACAGGACGACGUUUAACAGCAGUCAGCUCCAGGCGCUGGAGAGGGUGUUCGAGAGGACGCAUUACCCCGACGCCUUCGUCAGGGAGGAUCUGGCGCGCAGGGUGAACCUCACCGAGGCUCGAGUGCAGGUGUGGUUCCAGAACAGAAGGGCUAAAUUUCGGCGUAACGAGCGCGCCCUGCUGGCCAGUAAAAGCACCUCGUUGCUGAAAUCGUACUCGGGUGACGUGACGUCGGUGGAGCAGCCGAUGGUACCGCGCCCGGCUCCGAGACCGGGCGAUUUCCUGUCCUGGGGAAGCUCACCUCCGUACAGCGCCAUGUCCACCUACCCGCCGUCCUGUACGGGCGGCAACGCGGCGCAGGGCGUGAACAUGGCCAACAGCAUCGCCAACCUGAGACUCAAGGCUAAAGAGUACAGCAUGAACCAGGUGCCCACCGUCAACUGAGGCCGGAGAGGAGCGCCGGAGAGGAGCGCCAAGCCAAACGCGGGCGGUGCGGCGCGGCACAAAGACGCUCUGUGUUCGGACUUACGUUUCAUUUAAAAACAACAGCAGGAAAAACUUGGCGAUUCUCGUAAAGCGCUGUCGUCGUUUUGGCAGCCGGUCCUGAUGUGUGGGUGAGAGGGAGAAAAAAAUGACCUUCAGUUUCCGGACGACUCUGGAGAUUUUGGAAAAUACGGAACGGAAAAAGUGUUUUCAUGUUUGGGAUGUGUGUCAGGGCGCGACUGCAGAGACGACCGAGCAGCUCGGUGGAUUUUAAUCUGCACGCAGCUCCGACCCUCGGGGGUCGUCAGGAUUCGUGCUGGAUUUCUCCCGGGUUCUAAUCAGACUAUAAACCAUCGGGAAGGACAACGAGUUUCUCAGAAUAAUCCUGAACUGAAGAUGUUUUAUUAUU